GCGGGUCUUAACUUCACCAUCCUAGGAAAACAUAUUUGGCCGGGCGGCAGUAGCAGUCAGUCGGUCCCAGUACUUCUUGAUUUCUGCUAACGGCCAGUAGUACCAGUCGGAGUACUUGUAUGUUGCCGUGCCGUUGUGUGUUACUUUCUGGCCGUUGACGGGAGCUCGGUUUGUCGUCGCUGGAGUGAUGGAACUGGACAAAAUGGACGAGAACGACUGGAAGUAUCACGGAGAGGGAAACAAGAGCCUGGUGGUGUCACACGUACAGCUUUCCAGAGUUUUACGUCUGCUCAAAUAUCCGGCAGAGGACUCUGAAAACCCACCGCAGACUGCAGAACAGGCCUUCAGGCAGAUCCAGAACAUUGUUGACUUCAGCUCCAACGUAAUGAGCAGCCUGCUGGGAGAGAAGUUCAUCCACAGCGGGGAAGUGGUCAAACUGCCGCUGGAGUUUGUGCGACAGCUGUCAAUAAAAGUUCAACAUCAAAGACCUGCCUGGCGCUGUGAUAAAGUGAUGGACAUCUACAGCGGCUGUGCUCUCUGUCUGCCCAACCUGACAUCUCCAGUCCUCCACCAGCCAACACACACUCCUCCACUUUGCAUCGAGAUUAAGCCUAAAUGUGGCUUCCUGCCGUCCUCGAAACACGUCAGCAAAGACAUCAAGACCAAAGUGUGCCGCUUCUGCAUGCACCAACACUACAAGGUGGCCAAUGGAAAGUGGAAGAGACGCAGUUUGUACUGUCCUCUAGAUCUGUUCUCAGGGAACAGACAGAGAAUGCACUUUGCCGUCAGACACCUGAUAGAAGAACCUCAGAACAACUUCAAAAUCUUCAAGGGUGGUCAGUGUAUAUACAGCAGUAAGGAGGGCAGCGACGACUCGUUGGACCUGAACUCUCUGUUGCAUCAUCUCAGACCGUACUUCAUGUACGGAAACAACAGAAUCAACAGUCACAUGACCAGCAAAGCUGUCCUGAACGACUUCAUCCAGGUCCUGGUAAACGCCCUGCUGAGUGGCGGUGGCGGCGGAGGCGGCGUGACGGACAGACGAGGAGAAGGGCGGAGCUUCUGUGAAGCGAGUCUAUUCAACAAAGAGAGGAUUCGCCACGGCUCUCAGGGUUUACCCAGCGACAGUGUUUUAUUCAGGAUCCUUCAGACUCAAAUGUUGGACACUUUGGACAUCGAAGGACUUCAUCCUCUGUACCGCAGAGUGGAGCAACACCUGCAGGAUUUCCCCAAGGAGAGAACUCGUCUUCAGAUAGAGGGUCCGUACAACGAGGCCUUCCUGGAGAAGCUGCAGAAAUGUCCGACGGAGGAUGACGGCUCCGUGGAGUACGCUGUCAGCAAGGUCCAUCAGUACCGCGUCGCCAUGACAGCCAAGGACUGCUCCAUCAUGGUCGCCCUGGUGCCCAGCAGUGAGGAAGAGGAGGAUGAUGAAGAUCAGAGGCGGUUCAGGGACUUCCUCUCCUCCAGACCUCCCGCUUUCUCCUACUCCGUCUCCAUCUUGGAUCUGGACCCAAAGCCGUUCGACAGCAUCCCUCGCCAGCUGCGCCUGGACCAGAAGAUCGUCUCCUGCUACCUGAGGACUGGUGGUGCCUUGCCAAAAGGCUCUCUGCCGCCGCUCCCGGGCAUCUUCGCAGCUGCAGAGAGAGAGGACUGCACCCUGCUCUUCCACCCCGUGUGAACGCCCAGUCAGAGCCGGGCGGCCCUGAUUCCUGGAGACGAGCAGUAACUGACGCCACGCUGAUGCCUCAAACGGAGAGGAGAGACGCCAUGUCGAUGCCGGAGGUCUAGAAUCAUUUCAGAGCAGUUUAUCUGAGACUUCGCUGCAGCACUUUCUCCUCACUCAGCUCACGUCGGCAUGUAUCGGCUCUGGCUGCUGCUCAGCAAGAAUAAAAUCUCCAGGAAGUUGUCACUAAAUCACCAGACGUUAACACGGCUUCCAGAUAUUUCUGUUACUGAUUCUAGAGCUUUUGUGUCGUCAUGGCGACCGACUUCACGCUCCUGUCAGUAGGUGAAUCCCAACAUCUCCGCCCUGUUCUGUCAUGACUCAUAUAUUUAUUAGAAAACUCGCAGGGAGCUUUGUUCUUCCCCUUUGGCGGCCAGAGUUUGGAUUCACUUCCUGACAGGAUUGCUGUGGUUGUCUUGGCAACGAUCUCUGACUCUUCUCAUUCUCCGUGGCAACGCUGCUGACAGCGAAGCGCUGAUGAAGAAAGGAAAAAGACAGGUGAAUGGAGGUGUUGACGAGAAAAGCAGGUCGUUGUGAUUUCCUGAAUGUAGGCGGGGCAGAACCAGAAUGUCCAGGUUGUACUGUGUCCUCUGAGGCGUCACCGUGGUAACGGAAGCACUGGUUACCAUAGCUACAGCCACAGAGGAGGCUGAUCUGAUCGGUCUGCGUGAGUCUGGAUGGAGGAGACGUUGGAGAGUUUCAUUUGAUGUCAGAGGUUUCAAGCAAACAUUUUGAUUCUGGAGUGAGUUUAAGUUCUCUGCCGGAGUCCGCGGAGGUUUUUCAGUCCAACUCAUAAACAUUUAUUUAACGAGACGAAGCGAUGCCGUGUUUGGUUGUACGAAAACCUCCACGAACCAGGUGGAGAGCCAGAGCCAGAUCCAAAAUGACUGCGAGGAACACUUUACCUCCUUGCUUUUGUUUUGUUUUCCUUUUUCUUUUUUUUUCCCUUUUGGACCUCCCUCCUGUCGGUGGCAGCGUGUUCACAAGUAGAAAUGUUUCUCACAAAUCGCCUCAUCGGGCGUUUGUGCUGAGAUGUCGAAGGUCAAAUAUGUGUGAUUUUAUUUUUCAUUUAUCAGGGGGGAGUUUUAAGUGUUGUUAAAGGGUCAGUUCACCCAAAUUAUUUAAUAAUAAUAAUAAUUUAAAAGUUCAACAGCAACAUCUCUUCACGGGAAAAGUGUCCCUGUGAAAGAAUCCUCCACAGAAAACACUGGAGACUGUUUUCAUAGGAAGUAAAUCUUCAUUAGAGAAUGAUUUCUUUUUCCACAUAAAAACUAAAUUACAUUCACCUCUCGUGUUAGAGUGGAGGCACAGUUCUCAGAAAUCCUCCAAACCUGCAAAAAUAAAACCAAAACUAUCUGCACAGACAUCACUAGCGGCCACUUUAUUAGGUACACUUGUACAAUCUAAUACAAUCAGCUCUGUUAUGAAUUCUCUCAUAAAGCACAUAAUAUAUUUAUUUGUUGACACUGUCUCAGAGGUAAUUAUACUGAAAGGUGUUUAGUGACGCUUCAAUAUAAUAUAAAUACUGUUUAUAUAAUAAUAAACCGCUUAAUACUGUGCUGACAGUGUCAUAAGCUUCGUAAAGGUAGCGUUUGUGUCAGAGCUGUUGGAUUGUAUACCGUUAUGCAGCUGUACCUGAUACUGAGGAUAUAUAGAGUGAAUAUAUGUUUGUAUUUUGGGUAAACUGACCCUUUAAAGUUCAGCUUGGGCUUCGGACCAAGCAGCAAAAUGUUUCAGUUUGUUCUGUUAGAGGUUGAAGAAAAAGCUGCAUUUCAGUAGUUAUCUAACAUUCCCUUGUUGACUAACCAGGUGAUUCGUAGCUUUGUGAAGGUACGGUUACGUUACACUCUGGUCGUGUGAGUGUUUGAUCGUCUCCCGUUCACAACUGAAGCCCAAAAAACUCAAAUUCAAGCACAACUUUGGUGUGAAGUCUGAGUUCACACAGUCGGCCAAUAGAAAGACUCGAUGCGCCACGUCAUCAUUCUAGCGACGUGUCAUCACGCUCAGACUGGGAACUGCAGCGUCAGUUUCAUUUACAGUCUGAUCGCUCUGAUCAAUAUUUAUUUAUCUCUUACAUUGGAACAGUGUCGGGCUGAGUUCGGGGCGAUUUUCACUGACCAGACGACUAACGUGUCCGUACGCUUGCAGAGGAUUUUUAAAGAGAAGCGGGGGAAGUUAUAACAGAGUUGAAAUGACUAACAGAACAGGGACACCUCCUGUCUCCUCAUUAGAGGUCAGAGGUCAGCGUGUCCAGUUUGCUUUAGAUCAGUCUGAUCCACCAGAGCAAAGGCUGCUGGGUAACAGCGGUCCUCUUUGGACAGGCUGAGCUUCACGCUGCU